GUCGAUAAAAAUCAGCCUCCAUAUGCUUUUUGCUUUAGAAUGAGUUUUUUUGUUUAUGUUCUUCUUUCAAAAAUGCUCAUCAGUAGCAUUCCUGAACUGCAAGCCCUGGAAUUAAAUCUGCUUGGAUAACCUCCUACAGACUGUUUCAAACCAGUAGGACCUGCAUUAACAGAGAGAACAGAAUAUGGUCCCCAGUACCUCAUUCCGAUCCUCCUGGCUCUGUGCAUAGGCUCUGCCAUUCUUGCAGUCAUGAAUCAUAUCUGCCUGCAGAUCACAUGUGCAUGAUCUCCAUGGCGACUUAGGCACUUGAGGUAGAAAUAUGAGCGGCAUCAUCUCCCCCUGUUGUCCAUCGACAUAAAAUGCAGUGUUCUGCAACAUGAGAAAGGCAAUACAUUUCCUCCAGUUCUUUUGGAAGCUGAUAUGAAGUAGACAGACACCUUCUGAAGUUUUGUGCAUGCUGUGCUCUUUUUUUCUUUGCUGCAACAAGAAAAGCCUUUUCUUUUAACCUGGCUUCCUUUGAAGAAGUAACUCAGGAAGCUUCAUGGCCUCUCAAGAACCUCAAGGACAAAUAAAUCCAAUCUUUAAGGAUCAUCUCCCUGGUUCUUCUGAUCUUCCUGAACAGAAUAAGCCUGUUGAACCGACGAGUGUCGGGAAGCAAACAUCACACUCUCAUAACUUGCCACCUGGUCUGGAGUACCUGAGCCAGCUGGACCGGAUAAUUAUUCAUCAGCAAGUGGAGCUUCUUGAAGCCUUACUUGGCACAGAGACCUGCAGCAAAUAUGAAAUAAAAAACCAUUUGGGACAAAGAGUUUACUUUGCAGUGGAAGAAAAUGGUUGCUUUGAUCGUAACUUCUGUUCGCCUAUAAGGUCUUUUACCAUAAGGAUUGCUGAUAACACAGGCCGAGAAGUGAUUACAGUGAAUAGACCCUUGAGAUGCAACAGCUGCUGGUUCCCAUGCUUCCUGCAAGAGUUAGAAGUUCAGUCCCCACCAGGUACAAUAGCUGGGUAUGUUGUCCAGAACUGGGACCCCUUUCUGCCUAAAUUUACUAUACAGAAUGAAAGCAAAGAAGAUGUACUAAAAAUAAUUGGCCCAUAUACAACUUGUGGCUGUUUUGAAGAUGUUGUCUUUGAGGUAAAAGCUCUCAAUGAAAUGUCAACAAUUGGCAAAAUUUCCAAGUACUGGUCUGGAUUUGUAAACAAUGUAUUUACCAACACUGCCAACUUUGGGAUCCAGGUCCCAGUAGAUCUUGAUGUGAGAAUCAAGGCAGUAAUGAUUGGUGCUUGUUUCCUUAUUGACUUAAUGUUCUUUGAAAAUUCUUUGGAUGGAUUAUAACAAGAUGAUAGAAACAAUAAAAUAUGCAGAAUGUGUUUCAAAAUCCCCUGAGCUUUGGACAUGAUUUUGAACUGCACAGAUCCAUGUUCCCUGUAGGAAAAGGAGCUACUGAUGAUGUUUAUUAAAAUGUCUCAUGUAAAUAAUAAUAUCCCACUUAUGUUUUAUAUGCAUUGUAGCUAAACAUACACUUUUCAUACAGAGCACUGUUGCUUUGCUGUUCUCUUCUCCCUCUUUUGAUGUUUCUGCAUGAGAAAUCAUGAAAGAUUAGACUAAGACUUGUAGCAUCACUGAUGAAAGUCUAUAUUUAGAGAAUCCUUUGAUGUUCUGCAAUUGCUAGUACUAGUUAUCAACCAUGUGAGGGUGUGUUCUGGGGGUUUUGCUUUGGCAUUUUCACAAUUUUAAAGUCAUUUUCUGAUUUGUUGGUUAAUUAAUAGUAACAAAAUGAGUUCGAUAGUAACAACUAUAAAGACAUCACCCAAUGGGAAGUUAAAUAUGGUGUCUAUUUAGGGAGUUGUAAGAAGGGAACAGAGAUUUGCUAGUGAUUUAAUUUUAUGGCAAAGAUUUAUUUAAUGAGGGACUGCUAAAAAUAAGGCUUGCGGAGCUAGACUUGGGAACUAAACUGUGUUCAAAAAAUCUGGACUGCCACUGCUUGUAUUGAAGGCAGGCAAUAAGGUCUAUGUGCUGGAUGCACACAAAUCACCGUUUGCACAGCCCCGUGCCGGGCAUGCUUGCUCCUGUCCCCUUGGGGAUUCCACUAAAAGCUUUCUUUUCAUCUUCAUAAUAUCUGGUGAUUGAUAACUUUUCUUUCAGCCCUGCCUGAGGCCAACCUAGAGCAAACUCCUCCUAGGGACAGAAUCAUUCUCUUCCUCUGGCGAACUCAGGUAUUUUCUAUGAUAGGGCUGUGAAGCAGGAGAUUUUGUAUUUACUUCAGACAGCAGAGAACUGAAAUACAGAGCUAUACCUUCAGGUCAGAGCUGUGUGGGUACUGCCAAGAAAGCUCACAAAUAGUCAGUGGCUUGACUGUUUCAGAGGGCUCUUCACUCCUACAGUCACACCUGGUAACACUUAACUCUUCACGACCUUUCAUGCCAACAUGCUUUUACUUGUACAAGUAAGUUUAGAGAACAGCUUUCCUUUACAGAAGCAUUCAUGAUAUAUAUAAUAUGUAAGACAUAUACAGAAAAGAUUAUUUGUUGCAAAAUAUUUGCUGUAUGAACUUGCUUAUGCCUUGUUCUCUCUUUAAAAAUUCCAGUGAGUCCUUCAAGAAGAAAAACAGUACCAUAAAAUAUUGGUGAUAAGUAGACAAAAAAUAACACAGUCACCACAGUUUCCUAGGGGAACAUUUUACAAAUCACCUGGAAUGCUGGAUUUUUUUAGCAUGAAAUAGUAAUUGAAUUCUUGUAAAUAACCAACACAUCAACGGAAAGGAAAGGAGAUGAUGAAUAAUUCAUAAAAAUGAAAAAGAGCUAAAUUUAUCAGGUGAUUAAUUCUCAACAAAUAUUUAGACUAAUUCUAAAUUAAUGCUCAUGGAUAUGAAUUCAAACACAGUGAAGCCAGGAAGUUGCAGCUAAUAUUCCUAUAGUGAAAUUAACUCAGGAAUGUUUAUAGAUUUAAACUGUAUGUUUUAGAUUAUGUGCCACACUUCUGUAUUUAUAUAGAUUUACAUAUAUGUCUUGAAAAUGAUUGUGGUUAAUAAGCUCUGACAAUCAUCAUUAUCUGUUAACCACUUCACUGCUAGCUCUUGCUGCAAUUUUUAGCUGUGCAAUCAGGCUGGAAUCUGCAGAAGUUAUGAACUCCGCAGGGAAACACUGCUGGCACCUUUCUCAGGAGAAAGCACCCGGCACUAUUGCUAUGAGCUUUGUGGGCAAGAAGCUCCCUCGUGUGGAAACUUUUAGUUUUGCAGAAGAAUACAGAUGGCAGCAGAUCCUAUUUGCCAUCCUUGCUAGUUUCACGCUGGUGUAAUUCUACUAAAAACAGGCCUCUCAAUCCUGACUUACUCCAAUGCAGAUUGAGCAAAAGAGACAGAAUUGCUAUUUUAAUUCAUCCCUCUGAAUCCUGCUGCCAUCCUAGGCAAUUGUAGCAUUGUAGCAAUGAUCUUGCAACUUUCUAGGUGCAAUACCAUGUUCUUCAGCUAUUGUUGAACUGUGUGUGUCUGAACACCCGACCAGCUGAACGAAGUGCCUGAUGAGAGUGGCAGGCUGCUGUGCUCAUGUGCCAUGUGUCCUCUGCAAUAGCUGGGAUUUGUAUGACCCUUAGCAAGCUAACAGCGUCUUCAAAGCAAGUAUGUCCACCCCCAUGGAAGUCAGUACAAAACAGGGUCUUAUUUCCCAGCAGGGCUGAAUUUGGCCGUAAGUGUCCACAUAUGCUGUGUAGGUAAGCAAUAUAUACCUAUAUAUGUUCUUUAUAUAUUGUAACCAGAUGAUAGUACUGUAUUUCUUGCAUUUAGUGACUUUGUUGCUAUUUUGUGUUAGCAUGCCUUAAAAAGAAAAAAAAAAGAAAAAAAAAAAAGAAAAUGUAACACUUGCAUAUUUGCGUGAAUAGGCUUGAAUGCCCCUGUCCACCUACCCCCUACCGACCUACCAAAAAGACCUGAGGGUCUUUUUGCUUUCUGUACCCAGUGACAGCUUUUGGGACAUGCAGGAACUGGUUCAGUCCCUGAAUAAAACAAAGCACUGGCUCGGCUGCAGCUUUUGCUUGCUAGAACUUCCUCAGCAGCCUGUUUCACUUUGGUCAUAUCCUUUAGUAUUUUGGUAGUGCCAGUGCCAGCAUUUUUGCACUGGAAGCUGCUUCAGCUAAACCACAGUGGCCAUACAAGUGCAGCUCUGCAUCCUAGCAAUGAUAAUGGUGAUGUUCUCAGUCACUAUUACUAAAGAAAAUUCAACAUAUACAAACACUUAUAAAAGCUGCACUUGUAAAAAAAACUGGUAACUCUUUCUUAUUAAUAGCAAUGCAUUUCAUGUUAUGAGUGCUCUAUAUCCUCUUUACAAAACCCACUUUUCACUGUUCCUCCACUGGUUAGGAGUGGCUUCUCAAAGGAGAAUUCAGUAUUCCCCCAAAGGAGGGCAGAUAUUCUCUAAAGCAAAAUUACAUACUUACACAACUGCUGUAGUUAAGAGAUAAAAACAGAAACUCUCCUGAACAUCAUCUAGAGGGAAAUGUUUGCUCUAAUGAAAGAGAUAUUUUAGCAAAUCCAGCAAAACAGCUUUUCACACUUGAUGACUAGCCAAACUAUAAAACUGUGUAGUAUAUAAUUCCUAUGUUCAGUAGAUGGCAGCAACAGUUCAUUAUUGCAACACUUAACUUUCCACAGGUCACAAGCUGUUCGCAGGAUGGCAAUUAAAGAUCAACCCACCUUUAACCUGUAAUUGUUUUCUACCCUUAAUGGGAAGAUUUUAUUUAUUUGUUGUUGUCUCAUAUUACACGUCAUCGUUUUGGGCCUUGGGGCUCUUUUGACUAACCCAAAACCUAUUUUCUGUUCCUGGACACUCUCUGGUGUUUCCACAGGCAGAGAGGCUCUAGCUCACAGGUCUGAGGAAGACAUCGACGGGCAGAAAAGGGGAGAGCCCCUAGCCCAGGCUCUUCCUCACCUCCUGCAGAAAUGGAAAGUGCUGUGUCCAAGGUCCAUGCGGUGGGAAGGAGCUAACUAAAAGGAAUAGCUUUGUGGUGUGGGCCUAAGAAAUGUGGAAGGUUUCUGUGGGUAAAAUAACUUUGCCUCCAAGUCCUAUGACCCUAAUUCCACCAGCAUGCUGUCCUGGGUGCAGAGGGAUGGAAACCCCAAGCAGCAACACAAGCCCAGGUGACACAGGUGCCAAGGAGGCAGCUGGUUGCUACUUUGCCCAUGGGAAGACCAACCACUUUUUGUAAGAGAAUGGCAACAUCUGUGAGAUCUCUUGGUUAUCCAGUAAUCUGGGGGUGGCAAAGAGGACUUUUUGUGCACAUUGGGAAAAAAAAAUUGUCUUAAACUAAUUGUGUUAUUUGUUUUAGAAUUAGACAAACCCACAAAUGAUUCAAAAUCAAAAUUUUCUUAUAGUCAUCGAAGUGGUACCUGUUCAAAAAAAAAAAAAAGAAAAAAGAAAAAAGAUAUGCAAUUUCCUCCUACUGACUCUCCUCUUAAUUGCAUUAAUGGUAUGUUCUGUGUUAGACUGAUACAUUAAAGAUGAUCUUUGAAUUAAA